AUGCUAUUUCGCAAGCUCCUAUCCGCGGCGGCUCUCGUAGGCGUCUCGCUUUGCGUUGAGAAUGUAUCUGCCACCAAACAUGGACGGUUCGGACAGAUGGCGCGUGACUCGUUAGCCAAACGCAGAUCGCUUGCUUCUGAACUGCCACAGCCCCAUUCUCAGCGCGAUUUUCGAUUCCUGAAUAGUCAAACAAAGCCAUAUCUCGUGGAGAGCUUGCCCGAUUUCCCCUUCGAUAUAGGAGAAUUGUACUCAGGGUUGGUGCCGAUUAACGAGGGGAACAGUUCCAGGUCCCUCUUCUUUGUGUUCCAACCAACAAUUGGGGAACCGGUAGAUGAAAUCACCAUCUGGCUCAACGGAGGGCCUGGCUGCAGCUCCCUUGAGGGGUUUUUGCAGGAGACUGGCAGAUUCCUGUGGCAGCCGGGAACGUAUGCCCCAGUCGAGAACCCGUAUUCAUGGGUGAACCUGACCAACAUGCUUUGGGUCGACCAGCCCGUGGGAACGGGCUUCUCCACCGGAACGCCGACCGCAGUGUCCCAAGAGGAGAUCGCUAAGGAUUUCGUUGAUUUCUUCAAGAACUUCCAAAAGACCUUCGGGAUCAAAAAUUUCAAAAUCUAUGUUGCUGGGGAAAGCUACGCAGGACGUUAUGUGCCGUAUAUCUCUUCAGAAAUACUGGAUCAGAAUGAUAAGGAAUACUAUGACCUGAAGGGAGCAUUGGUGUAUGACCCUUGUAUUGGCCAAUUUGACUACGUGCAAGAAGAGGUGCCAGCAGUGCCCUUUGUACAAGAGAACGCCAACCUGUUUAACUUCAAUGCCAGCUUCAUGGAGAAACUAGAGAGUCUCCAUAAAUCCUGCGGCUACGCGGACUACAUGGAUCAGUACCUUGUUUUCCCUCCCCCAAAAGUUCAGCCACCGAGGCUCUUCAACGCAACUAGCGAGGCCGAUUGUGAUGUCUUCGCUAUGAUUGGCGACGAGGUCCUCCGCACCAACCCCUGCUUCGAUGUCUACGAAGUCAACCUGAUGUGUCCGCUGCUUUGGGAUGUUCUUGCCGCCCCUACCGCACUAACCUACCAACCCGCCGGAGCGUCAGUCUACUUCGAUCGAGAGGAUGUCAAGCGGGCCAUGCACGCCCCAGACAAAACGUGGGCUGAAUGUUCGUCGGAGAACGUCUUCGUGGGACAUGGAGGACCACAGGAUGAGGGAGACUAUUCCGCCAACCCGAUCGAACACGUCUUACCGAAGGUCAUCGAGGCGACAAAUCGGGUCCUCGUCAGCAACGGUGACUACGACAUGAUCAUCAUAACCAACGGCACCUUGCUUGCCAUCCAGAAUAUGACUUGGAACGGAAACCUCGGGUUCCAAUCUGCUCCAAUUACCCCGAUCGACAUCACCCUGCCGGAUCUCCAGAAUCAGAAAGUGUAUGAGCAGAAUGGCAAUCCGGGAUGGAAUCUUGGCCAGGGAAUCAUGGGUAUCCAGCACUAUGAGCGGGGGCUCAUGUGGGCGGAGACGUACCAGAGCGGACAUAUGCAGCCCCAAUACCAGGCGAGAGUGACAUACCGUCAUCUUCAAUGGCUUUUGGGCCGGAUUGACUCAUUGUAA